UCCUCAUCCGACUCUCAAAUCCUCUUCCUUUCGCGAGACUGAAGCAGCUUUUCUUCUGAAGCAUUAAUUUUCUUCUCUUCUUGCCUUUCGCACCCUUCUCUUCUCUUCGGUUUGUGGAAGCAUCAGUGACUUCAACUUUCUUCUCUUCCAACCCACCUUCGCUCCACUUCAACUUCACUCAACUCAUCUUAUCAGAUUUCUAGAUAAGGUCUCACCGUUGCCUGGUAAGUCGUCAGCCUAUCCUUCAACACAUGCCCGCCCCUUUUCCUCCAUGUGAUUGCCACAGCGCAAUACCGUGUGUCUUCCCAGAACUCAUUUAAAACUCACUCCACUCACCACUUUCAACUUUCAACCUCAUCGCACCCACUUCACAAUCUCAUUAUCCAGAACAUACCUCGAAACCUCACUGAUAUCACUCGAUAUGGUUCGCAUGCAGACACUCAUCAUGUCUUCUUCGCCUUCUCAUGAUCAGCCUCUCGCUGGCCCCUCGCGGUCCAGUCCGAUCACUGCUUCGGACUCUGCUACCUACUACGAUGGCCGAUUCUCUGACCUGACUUCGCCGGACACCACGUUCAACGUGUCCAAUCGCAGCACCACCGUUGCAAAGCUCAUGGCCGGUGGUGUGCCCAUCUCCGCGGGGCUCAAGGUCGCCAACGUAGCUCCUGCUCCUGUCUGCCACCCCAACGAGCUCCGUAAGUUCCGUGAGAAAGUCGCUCCCACUGCUGCACCCGAGAAGUCCGCGGCCAAGUCUGCUGAGUUCAACAUGGACCUUCUCACCGAGUCCAUGAAGGUACUCGAUAUCGGCUACAAGCUCAGCAAGGAUCGCGUCUUCAACCACAAGGAGACCUUCGAGCGCAUGAGGCGCAUUGAUGCCAUCGCACCCGAGCAUCGCCACUACACUGGUCGUGCGGACAACGUCUUCGAUCUUCUGGCAUUCAGCGUCACCGGAGCUGGCGACGAUGCCGUUAUGAACAUCUCUCGCGCAUUCGAAAUCCACUGCCCUAAGGGAGAGGAACAGGACUUGGUUGCAACUCUUGAAAAGGUCAAUUAUCUUUUUUUUCAUCCUUUUUUCCUGGCUGUGGGCUGUUCCCCGGCAAUGUUCACUUUUCCCGUCAAAAUUGAGUCACUUUCCCCCGGCCAUUCCACUUUCUUCUCGGAAUCUUUUGUGUCGUGGCGGGUGAGCUGAAUUCCGACAUGUCUUGGCCUCAAGCAGCACACCGAUGGUGCCCGCCUG